UUUAACUCUUGCCAAGUCUCGCCGCCGCCGCGGCUCGCGGGCCCUGGGCUUCCCUUGAAGCAUGAGCUUUCCCUCCCGCAGCCGCCAACGCUGCGCGCGGGUCGCGGACCGUGCGAGCCGGGGCUCCGGGCGAGCGGACUCCAGAUCCCUUGCGCCCCGAGCCCGGAAGCUUGCGGCAGGCGUUCCGUGGGUGACCGCGUCUGCGAGGGACUUGGCCACGCCACCACCCUGCCGGAAUUUGGAGAGGGAGAACCAGCUGCUUGCAGUCCCCUCCCCCUCCGCCACCAUUUCGGACACCCCGCAGAGACUCGUUUCGGGAUACCCCGCGACUUCCCAGAAAGGACGCGAGGUCCUCUGGCCCCCCCAGCUCGGGCGACCACCUGUCCCUGACGCGUGGACGCAUCUCCCAUGACCCUGCGGUGCCUGGAGCCCUCCGGGAAUGGCGCGGACAGGACGCGGAGCCAGUGGGGGACCGCGGGGUCGGCGGAGGAGCCGUCCCCAGAGGCGGCGCGGCUGGCCAAGGCCCUGCGCGAGCUCAGUCAAACAGGCUGGUACUGGGGAAGCAUGACUGUUAAUGAAGCCAAAGAGAAACUCAAGGAGGCGCCGGAAGGGACGUUCUUGAUUAGAGACAGUUCGCACUCAGACUACCUACUAACCAUAUCCGUGAAGACGUCCGCCGGACCCACCAACCUUCGGAUUGAGUACCAGGAUGGGAAAUUCCGGUUGGAUUCUAUCAUAUGUGUCAAGUCCAAGCUUAAGCAGUUUGACAGUGUGGUUCAUCUGAUUGACUACUAUGUCCAGAUGUGCAAGGAUAAACGGACCGGCCCGGAGGCCCCUCGGAACGGGACUGUUCACUUGUACCUGACCAAACCUCUGUACACAUCAGCCCCGUCUCUGCAGCAUUUCUGCCGACUCACCAUUAACAAAUGUACCGGUGCCAUCUGGGGACUGCCUUUACCAACAAGACUAAAAGAUUACUUGGAAGAAUAUAAAUUCCAGGUAUAAGUAUUUCUCUCUCUCUUUUUUUUUUUU